AUGGAGCUGACCGGGAUCAUCAUAGGUCAUAUCUACUAUUUCUUCACGUUCCAAUAUCCGCAAGAAUAUGGUGGACAAACGGUUCUCAAAACUCCGAAUUUCCUUUAUCGAUUUUUCCCUAAUCAACGUGGCUUUGUGUCCGGUUUCGGCCGACCUCCUGCGGCUGCAUCUGGUUCCGCUUCGGCUGCUCCGACCGGCAAUCCUCGUUUCCCGGGGCGGGGUCAACCUUUGGGACGGGACGAAUAA